AUGUCUAACCAAAAGAAGUUGAGCUCCUCUGCCCCGGAGAAACCCGACUCCGGCUCCCCUGUUCAUGGAGCGUCUGAUGAAUCCGUCAUUGCCCGUGGAAUCGGUGGAAUCAAGGAUAUGGAGCAGCUCCGACCAGUGCAUCCAUUCUCUUGGUGGUGGCCGCCGCGAGGCAUGGCCAACGGCCUAUACCGAGAUGUCUGGAUGUUCAUGUUACUGCAGCUUUGCAUUUCUGCCACACUCACGGCACUUGGUUCUGUCGCUCUCAAAACUGGUACACCCAUUACAGUUCUUGGUGCCAUCAAUACUGUCAGUGCUGGCAUUCUGGCCUUUCUCCACAACAGCGGUAUCCCCGAUCGGUAUCGCAAGGACAUGGAAGAGCUCAGGGAAGUGGAAGACCACAUUAAAGAGCUUCUAGAUUCGGGCAUUGCCCCAGCGGAGCUUUCCACGGAGCAAAUCAUUGCCGAGUGCUUUGAUCUGUAUCAAGAUGCCAAGGCUACAGUUAUGGCCAAUUUGCCAGAUACUUAUCGCCAGCGUCAAACUACACCGGUGCGGCGAACCCCUCCGACCCCAAAUCCUGGCGAGCCGACCGGCACGACUGUAGCGGGCUCGGCGCCGGGUAGCUCCUCCGCUACAAGAGCCAGUGCUGCAAAGUGA